AUGUUUGAGGUGCGGCGUGUCUCGGACAGGAUCAUCCUGCUGAGGUUGGUGGUCGGCAGCUCUGUGCUGACGUUCCUGUCAGUCUACGCUCCACAAGUCGGCCUCAGCGAUGUUGUGAAGGACCAGUUUUACGACCAGCUCCGUGCAACGGCUGCUAAGGUCCCUGCAUCUGAGCUCCUUGUUCCUUGUGGAGACUGGAAUGGUCAUGUGGGAAGGGAUGGAACUUGCUUCAGGGAGGUGCAUGGAGGGUAUGGGCUUGGUGUACGGAACGUGGAAGGAGAUAGAAUCCUGGAGUUUGCAGUGGCCAAUGACGUAGUCAUGGGAAACGCAUGCUUCAAGAAGCGCAAGUGCCACCUCGUCACGUAUCAAUCUGGUGGUAUCUCCACACAGAUAAAUUACAUUUUGUUCCGUUGUAAUCUGCGCAAGUUGAUUGUCAAUGUAAAGACCAUCCCCGGCGAGGAGUGUGCCACACAACAUUGCCUGCUGGUGUGCGACAUCAAGGUUGACAUUCCGUCACUGCCCAAGCGUAAAUUUGUGCCUCGUCUGAAAAUAUGUAAGUUGAAGGACCCUGUGACCAGGCAGAAGUUCCGUGUGGCCUUUACACAACGGACUGUGGACGCAAAUGCGGUUACCACUGAAAAAUGGGCGAAUUCAAAGUCUGGCCUUCUGGGUGCUACUGAAGUAGUGUGUGGUCAAUCUAAGAAGCAUCAGUGGAGAAAACAGACGUGGUGGUGGAAUGACCUUAUUGUCAGUGCGGUGGAGGAGAAACGGCGGUGCUACAAAGCUUGGAAAAGGCAUGGGCAGCAAAGCUGUAGCAUGUUGGGAAAGAUGCACAUUCUAUUGAGAGGUUUUUAG